AUGGCUCCACCACAGCGACGCGAGCGGAUUGUGCCCUGCGUGAAAUGCAGAGAAAAACAUCUGAAAUGUGAUGGCGACAUCCCGUGCUCUCACUGCAAGAAGUCAGAGUCCCGGUGUACGCGAGUGAACAAUAAAUUCAGGUUCAAAAGAGUAGUUACGACUGAGAAACAAUUUUCAUUCGACGUCGAUCAGCCUUGGUUACAAACGACCCCGGACACUUUCCAGGCUCGACCUCUCGCUAUUGUCGAUGAAUCCAGAAAACCAUCGGAAGAUACACCCUCGAAACUAAAGCAUGCAUUAACAGCACCGAUUUCCGAUACCAUUUCUCAAAAUGGAGAAGCAAACAACCAACACGAUGACCAGAUUCACGACCAAAUAACCGUUGCGGCAGAACUGCUGCAGUCCAUCUCACAAAGAGAACACAGUAAUCCAUCCGAGUCCAUCGGCACGUCGAGAGUCCCUACCCAUCAAUCUCGACUCCGAACGAAUCAGUCGCCCCCAAGAGGAGAAACAACCCCUGAAGAUGUUCCUCAAAUAGCGCUUGAAGAUGCCAUUGAUCCCAAUCUCGCUGCUACUCCAGCAGCCUCUUCCACAAUAGAAACCCCAUACUCUGGAUUUUCAGCUCCCAGCCCGUCGGUCCCACGGUCGAUACCAGAUGGAUGGGAUCGAAGGACUCCUGACAUUGGAGGCAGCAGAUUGAGCGUACUCUCCCAGCAAUGGCAACUACCUCUGGGAGAUAACCGCGGACGAUCAUCUUCGGUAUCGAGAAGCCUGGGUGGAGAGCUGCACCUUGGUCUUCAAGAAGGUUGUCUUAUUCGUUGCUUCAUAGAACAUCUGGCUGCAGCUGUAAGUUGGGUACUUGAUGCUGGACGAAUUGGUCGGAUACCUCUAUCCCCUGACUUUGCUAACAGCUUCAACAGUUUGACACGACCGAUAGGGACCGACAUUACGUUACUGUAG